AAAUCGGAGCGCAGCAUAAACAUAACAGUGAAAGGAACGUAAAACGCUACUUUUUAUUUUGCAACAAACAAAUGUAGCGGGCACUCAAACCGGUAUCACGAGGAGGGAUGUUUGUGUUUUACACUUUGUGUCGUUAGUGAGAAUAUACAUCAUGGACACUCUACAGGAGAACGGGUUACCGCACUCACCUGCACUCGAUAUUCCCGGUCGUGAAAGUACCGCCAAAGAACUCGGGGUAUGUGGGACUCCCCUUAAAACAAAGGAAAAUAAUGGGACAACGGGAAGAAGUUCACCUGGCAAUCAUGUCACGGCGGAGUUUGGCAACCAGCAGUUGUACCAAGUACCAUUGGUAAACGCACCUGCUCCUUCCACGACACCUCUCGGGUUACCUAGCGUUAUGGACGUAGAGGGGAGAGUGGACGAGUCCAGGCUGCGGAUGCACAUUUUCAAGAAUGGUGGUGUGUCCCCUUCGGAGCGUGGCCAGGUGUGGCGUUUCCUGUUCGGGAUGUACCCCUGCAGCUCCACCUCUCUGGAGCGCCCCCUACUGCAGGAGCAGCUCAACGUCCGCUACCACUCCAUGAAGAGGAAGUGGCAGCAGCUUUUUCCUGCCGCCGUCCGACUGCGUAUAAAUGGCACCGAUGCUGAGUUGGUGGAAGCGGUGCGGUACUUCGAUGUGAGGCAGGACAGGGUCCAGCUGCAGGCUCAGAACCAGAGUGAUGAGGUCAGGGAGAGGCUGUCCUUCCUGGAGCUACAGGCCCAGGUGUUGUUUGAGCGGGUGACCUUUGAUCUGGAGGAGCUCCAAGAGGCCAUCCGAAUCAUCGACAAGGACGUGCCUCGGACAGACAGAAACCUACCCUACUACUCGGGUGAAGGCUUGGGCAAUCUGCUGGUGUUGAGGGAUAUUCUCAUCACAUAUGCUGCUUUUCACCCAGAGGUGAGCUAUGCCCAGGGGAUGAAUGACCUUUGUAGCCGAUUCCUGGAGGUUCUGGACUCUGAGGUGGACACCUACUGGAGCUUCUCCUGCUACAUGGAGAAGUUCUCCAAGGACUUCCGCGCUGACGGCCUGCACAGGAAGAUAGAGCUGGAGGCAGCACUGCUGAAGGAGUUGGACCCUCAGCUCCACACCCACCUGAUCACAGAUAGCAUGGAGAGUUUCACCUUCUGUCACAGUCAGUGA